GUGGCUGCGCCCCUGUCCCCAAGGCCCCGAAGCGAGAAAAUCCAACAAAGGGCAAAGGCUGACAGAUUUGCCAGAUUUCAGAUUGCGGGCGAAAUCUGUGUCUGUCGCUUGCCUCGAAAUUCUGUCCCCGUCAAAAGCGUCGAAUUCCUGCAUUUAUUAGGGGUCAGUCAGUUCCUGAAGAACACGCGUUGCCCGCACCUGCACCUGCACCCCUUUGUUUAAACAAUUCUUCAUUCUUCAUCCAACUCACUUCCAUUCCAUCCUUCGAGUCACUCGUUACCUGCCUUGUUCGUCAUCCGACGGGUUCAUACAUCCACCUCUUUGUACGUUGCACAUACAGUUGAGCCUACAUAUAUUCGAGCUUGACACGAUGGCGACGGGUUGCUAAUGAGCAUACAGAGUUGAACAUUCAGAUCUCCCAUUUUCUCCUUCGAUCACUUCUACCAGACACAAUGGCUCGAAUUAGCAUCCCCCUGGACGCUAUCACCUCCCGCCUCAACCUCUCCGACCGCUUCAACAGCGUACGAUCGCAGCCACUCGCGUCUCGAUUUGCCAACCUCAAACCUAUCUCCGAGUUCUUCGACCUGAAGAGAUUGUCGAAGCCAAAUAACUUUGGGGAAGUUCAGACCAGAGUCAACUACAACCUCAGCUAUUUCUCCAGCAAUUAUGCCGUGGUUUUUGUCAUGCUCGCCAUCUACAGCUUGCUCACCAAUAUGUGGCUUCUCUUCGACAUUAUCUUUGUGACUUGUGGCAUGUGGGGAAUUGGCAAACUGGGAGGUCGUGACCUUGAAAUUGGCACCUUCCGUGCUACUGCGUCUCAACUCUACACUGCACUGGCUUGUGUUGCAGUCCCGGUCGCUUUCAUUUCUUCACCCAUUACCACUUUCUUGUGGCUGAUCGGCGCUACUGGUGUCACCAUUCUCGGCCAUGCCUCCCUCAUGGAUAGACCAAUCGAGAAUGCUUUUUCCGAGGAGGCGGUCUAGGUGGUCGGCCGCGAACUCCAUACGAUAUGCCCCCUUGGGGAAGACCACCAGGGGGACGACCGGCGAGCAAGAAUGAAAGAUACUGGCAGGCGCAGCAACGGUCGUGGAAUUACGAUGCACGUGUGGAGGAGCUUGACACUGAUUAUGACGAUGGCCGAGAAAGAUUCGUUUCGGAUGAGCUUCGUUUUACUGGUAUUGAUUUAGGCGGUGGUGAUU